GGAGCCGUGUGUGCGAUUUAUUGAAUGUUACAGCAUUGGCAGUGUGGCUGAUGUAAAAUGAAAUGUCAGUUACAGUAAGCGGCUAUGAUUAAUUUGAAUGUAAUAUUACAACAUUCGAAAAGAUCUUAGGCACAUUGAAAUGCUUUGUGAAAGACGGACGUGUUUUGAUAUCUUUGCAAAAACGGAGUAUAUUUUGGCACAAUGAGUAUAUUUGCGAGCUUUAGAAAACCGUGCAGACAGUAGAAUUACAGCAUUAGAAGGAAAAGAAACUUGGCACAGUGAGAACUAUUGGUUCUACAUUAAGAGGUUUGAACGCUUCUUGUAUGUUAAAGCUUAUUAAUAUUUGAAAUUUUCUUGACUGAGUGAAUGGAUUAAUUGACUGCGUGAAAUUGACAGUAUCUGUAAAUGUUCUGAUGAAAGGUAACUGACAUUUCAAAUACUUAAGCAGGUUAUUUUCUGCUUGCUUCUAAAUAUAUUAUCUAAAUAUAUUUACUUAGUGGUUAGAUAGACUUUACCGGUAAAAGAAUUUCUGACACUUCAGCAUAAAAGUUUGCUUGUACAUGUGCAGGUAAAUACGGAUUUUGGAAGAAGACUUAGAUGCAUAACGUAGUUGAUGACGGUCUUGGAGAUAAAUAGAAUAUAUCAGAAGCACAACCUACUCGUCACGUCCAAAGACCAGUAAAUUUCGGGAAUUCUGACAAGGUACAAACAUGGCAUCGACAUAUUCCCCAAUUUUGCAAAAUGCAACAGACUUAAACGAUUCAUACGUCAAUGGCUCAAUGGACAAGCUUUUAAACGAUACUGCAGUAACAGACUAUUACAAGUUUGAAAGAUACGUGAGAGUGAUUAUUCCCAUCAUAUUUGGUCUCAUUGUCGCAAUUGGGUUUCUAGGAAAUCUUCUCGUGAUAGUUGUCAUUAUUAUGAACCAGCAAAUGCGUAGUACAACUAACUUACUUAUAUUGAAUCUCGCGUUUGCGGAUCUUUGCUUCAUAAUGUUUUGUGUGCCUUUCACAGCCGCUGGAUACGCGAUACCGAAGUGGCCCUUUGGAGAAAUAUGGUGUAAAAUUGUUCAGUAUCUUAUGUACGUCUGCGCAUAUGCUAGCGUGUAUACUCUUGUUGUCAUGUCCUUAGAUAGAUAUCUAGCGGUCGUUCAUCCCAUAUCGUCGAUGUCUGUGAGAAAUCAAACAAAUACCGUUCGAAUACUUGUCAUCCUCUGGGCUGUAAUAUUAGGUGGACACAUCCCUCUUCUUUUGGACUAUAUGGUAUACGACUACGACUACUACGGAGAAUUUAGAUCAGUGUGUAUAUCCAAAUACUCAACAUCGAAUAACUUUCUCAUGCUAAAAGUAUUUUACGGAUCCUUCUUCAUGUUCGGAUAUGUUUUACCAUUAUCGCUAAUAUGCGUACUCUAUGGUUUUAUGUUGAAACGUUUACUGUACGGUGUUGUACCUGGGGGAUCGCAAAGAGCCGAAAGCAUCCGGUCGAAGAAAAGAGUAACAAAAAUGGUAGUUAUUGUAGUAGCUAUUUUCGCACUGUGCUGGUUACCUAUUCAGGUAGUCUUUAUGGUGCAAAACUUUGGACAUUAUUCCGACGAUAUUUCAUACAUAGCUGUUCAGAUGGUAGCGAACUGUCUUGCUUAUAUGAACUCGUGCGUGAAUCCUAUCCUGUACGCAUUUCUCUCUGACAAUUUUCGCAGAAGUUUCCGGAAAGUAUUGUGUUGUGGAUCAGGACCGUACACGAAAUUUGAGUAUGAGCGAACAAAUAUAAGAAUUGAGAGACCAGAGAAGACUACGCCUUGUCAAAAACCGUCAACCAAUACAUCCAACACAUCGGCGACAUCAACAACAACACUUCAAACGUAUUACCAUAAUGCUGAAAAUGGUAAUAAUAAAUCUGUGAAUCACUGUACGCAAACGGAAGUAUAACAAUUCAAAGAAGUCGACAAAACCGAAAAUUCUACCCGAUCGUUUAAUAUCCAGCUGAUGUAGUGCUAAUUUCUUAGGAAGUAACAAUCGCCAGUUUAAUAGUACGGAUUCAGAUGAGGACAUAACGGCGUGUAUUUAGGACACAAGGAAUGGUAAAUUAUACAUUUGUCUUGUGCAAACAAAUUUUGUUAGAACACACAUUUAUUCGAGUAUUCAUUUGAAUGUUAAUCCAUGAAGAAGAAAGAAGAUGAGUUUGUAUAUAUUUAUGAAAUACAGUUAAAUAAAGCAGAACAAAAGUGAAAUAUGAAUAUCUACAGAUGUAUAAAACGUCAACGGUGGGUGACAAACGCUUUAGGAUCAGAAAUGUGAACUUGUUUAGACAGUGUUGAACAUUUCAUUUUAAAGCUAACUUUUAAAUUAUUGAAAAGUGAUUUGUAAGUGUGAAGUGAUAGCUAUGAUACAAACGUAUCAUAUCCACGGUCCAAGUAUGACUUUAACGUGGAUGUGAUCACAAGAAUGAUAUAUUAUGUGUAAUUGUCUCUCAUAGUUUGUGCUAGUUAUAGUUAUGACAUCAUAUCAGUUUCAUUUUCAGAGCUAUGAUAAUUUGAGAGAUGUUAUGGAUAGAGUAGAUAGGUACAGACCAUGUUCAUGUUUAAACACCAGAUUAUGUAUACAACGUCUGACAUUCACUUUUAUAAAUGGUAUUGAUUUUAUUUAUUUGAGUACGCCUGCUUUUGUCUAGAAAAUAAUCUACAUUUUAUCAAAAUUGUUAAAUCUGAAAAAGAAUUCCGUCAGAAUAUUUUAAGUGUUUUGACAGACAAAAUAUUGCCGAUCUUUGAUGUAGCGCGACUUACCGGUAAGGCUGAUUUGACAUAUCAACUACAACAAACAAGAUAUUCUAAAUUCGAUCAUGUAGAGAAAAUUGAUAAAACAGUUUGAGUAUUUUCAAUACAUAAUAAUGUAUGAACGUACAAUAAAAUCAUUCAGGUUAUCUAAUUUAGAGUUUAAAGUAUAGACUAUGUUUUAAACUUAUCGAUGUUUCUUUAAUAACAGUUUUUACUGUAAAAGAGUCUUUAAACAUUCGUCCGCAAAGCAUUGAUUCAAUUGUAUACAUCAGUGCCUUUAUUUUAGCAGAUGUUGAUGGAUCUUUAUUUUGCCAUUAUAUCAACAAUUUCAAAGACUUAUGAUGUAGAAAGUUGAAAAGAAGGUCAUAUACAAAUUACUGUAAAAAGAACAAAUGCACAGAAUAUCUAAAUUCCACUCCCGCGACCUAACCCGUUUAAUAGAAUGGAUAGGUCUGUAGGUAUGUUUCUUUUGAAUAGAAGUAUGUUUUGUUGAUUCAUUUCCAACUGAAGAUAAUAUAUAUCGGUAUAACAUAAAUAAACAUGUGUUUCAUAAUGGAAGUAACAGACAUGGAAGUAACAGAUAUGGAAGUAACAGAUAUGUCGUAUGAGGGUGGUUCAGUAAAUUCUAUCACUGGUCCUCGUAUGCCUAAAUUUUCAAUAAGAUGAAGACAAUUUCACGUAUUUUCCCUGCACAGAAGCAAACUUUUAAGUUUCUCCUUUGUAUCUAGUGGUAUAGCGAGGUUGCAAGGACUAAGGCCAGGAGCCUGAAAAAAACCUUUUCUUGUUCUAAGAAAAAAAGACAGUAUAUUUUGACUUGUGGGCGAACGCAUUGUCAUGAUCUAUCUGUAUGCCUUUCGAACUUUUACUUGGGAGAUUAUUCCCGCAGAAUAUUUUUACAGCUAUAAGCAUUUUAUUUCUGUAGACUUUGCCUGUGAUAGUUUGACUCUUAGCAAGGAAUUUGUACAACGGGGCCAUUAGAAUUGAGGGAAAUAACAGACAAAACAUUCUUAUCACUUUCUGUUCUGUUUGGAAUAAUCUGCCUUGCCUGCCUUUUACUUAGCCAUGGUUUGUUAUUUAUGCGUUGCUAGGACUAAAAAAAUAAACCCAAGUCUCAUCCCCAGUUUGCAACUAAGACAUUUUCUUUGAAAUAGAGAUUUAUAAAAAAAUUCAGCAGUUUUUUUGCGAAAUCUAAAUGCUUGAACUUUUGUCAAACUGGGCAAGUAGCAAAAACCUUUUCUUUUAAAUUUCAGACAGUCAGUCAGAUUAUGAUAGACAGUCCAUUUCGAAUUUCCUUCAGUGUGAGCCAUUUGGAAAUAAUAUAUCGACCAUCUUCGUCUGCAAACGGCAUUAGGCCUGCCAUGAAAGACUAUUUUGACUCCCUUGACAAUUUUAACUAAACUGUUCUUAACGUCACAAUUCAGAAAAUAUCAGAGAUACCCGGCUUUGAUCUAAACCCUGAUUUCUAUCUUUUUACGUUUUAUUGUAGCACGGAAAAAAGUCACUGUGUGAGUGUGUAAAAUUCAAUAAUGGUCAUUUGUAGCUGGAUAAAAUCGAUUUUUCGCAGGUAUGCAGAGUGUAUUUGUUACCAAAUACAUGAUAUACAUGUAUACAAUGGACUCUGUGGAAGACCAUUAGUGAAUCACCCUCGUAUUGGCCCGUAGACGUGAAAUCAUUCGACAGCCUUUGUAUCUAUCAAAGGAGCAUUUUGAAAACCAUGUUUCAUUGGCUGUUUUAUCACAUAAUCAGUUUAAAAUAGAUUAAAUAAAAAUGCAUGUAUAAGAACAGUUCUCUCCUGUAAAAAAGCCCUACUCAGCGUUUGCAUUUUGUUGUGUGAAACGCUGUAGGAUUUACAUUUUUAAACAAGAUCGGAAAAUACGAGUAAAAUUCGGCUGAUUUGUAAUGCCCUGUCAGAUAAUAUUACAUGCUACUAUAUCAAUACAUAAGCUGGAAUGAUCGUAACACGGCUUAUUUAUUGUAAUCAUGUUAUAAUAUGAUGUAUUUCAUAUUGACCUCAUAACUUUUCCGAGGACGGUCUCAUUGGCCCAGUGCCAGGAUGACUGCCCGAGGAAAAAUAAGGCCAUCAUAAUCUGACUGACUGUUUGAAAUUUAAAAAAAGGUUUUCGCUAGUUGCCCAAUUGGACAAAAGGUCAGAUUACGUGAUAAAUGAUGCUGUUGUUCAAACUCUGUGUUGGCCCCCUUGUAAUAAUUAAUUAAAGUGCUCGCAUCCCGUUUUUGGUGUUUUCUCGUAUGGGUUUUGAUUUGUCAGAAUAAUAUUGCGUGGGUUGAGAUCGGAAUUGGCUCAGUUUAUUUCAUACAUGUAUGGUAUGCAAUAAUCUAUAUCUUUUUGUUUAUAUUUGUGAUAAAAUAGCUGCGAAAGAAGGUUGCGGGAGAGGAAACAAUUUUAAUGUAUUAACUAUAUAACUAAACUUAAUAUGUUUUAACAAUUAACAGACGCAGCGAUUUUCGUGUUACUUUAUGAAAAAGAUAAGUACAUAUUUUUAUGGAGAAGUUUCUUUCCUCAUUUGUGUACGUAAAUUAUCACUAAACAAAACAAAUGUUUUAAAUAGUUGGAAGGCCUCUGUAAAACUUCCUACAGCCAUCUCAAGUGUCUUUCACAUGUGAAUAGUAUGUUUAGUAUUAUUGUGUGAUACUGCUUUUCUUGUUGUGAAAUCUCGUUUAAUUGCCGUGAAAGAUGUUGGGGCAUUUUAGUUCCGAAGAUACCAUUUAUUUUUACUGAUAAACUUUUCAUAGCAUGCACAGAAUCAAUUCUUGUAGUCGUUCAUAGUCGUUAAUAUCUUUUUUUUUUUUAUACAUUUCCUUGUGAAGGUAUGAAUAAAGUCCACUCAUUAUAAAAUAACAAAAUUGUAUUCAAAUUCUAAAUCCGACACGGAAUUCAGCAUUCGGUAGAAAUUGUAUACUAGAAUAGCUAUGGUCAUGAGUACACAGAAGUCUUACAUCUGCUGUCACAAUACAUAUACAAUUUAAUAAGAGAGAGAGAGUGCUAUUAUACUUAACAUUAAAAAAGAAAUACCCGUUCAAAGUGAAAGAACGUUGACUAUUUAAAAUAUCAGAAAUUAAAAUUCAGAUUUAUAACCAUUAUACACUCAUAUGCCUAUGUAGAUAGAUCAUGCUAUGUAAAUACAGCGUCGUCAUCCUUAAACAGGUUUAUUCAUCAAAAGUAAGGACACUUUCUUUCGAUAUUUCUUAGACAAUUUAAUUUCUCUUUAUUAGGUAAAAUGUAACACCUAAAAUAAAUGUGUAUAUUAUUAAGCAAGAAUGGAUUCUUUUUUUAAAUACGAAAUAACAUUUCCUAAAUACGAACUAUACUUACUAUUGUUCUGGAAAAACAAAAUGCAGUAAUCUAUAUUUCUAUUAGAAUAAUAAUAAUUUAAUAACAAAGAAUUUAUUUUGUAAGAUAAAACUGUUGGAUUCAUUUUAGGGGUUUGUACAAUGGAUCCUGCGGAAUCAUUUAUAAAAUGGCGAUUUUUUGUUUUGCAUUACUUUACGCUUUAUUAAUUUUUGACAGAAUGAGAAUUAUAUAUUGAUGCAACUUACCUUUAUAUGUUUACGGUACACACGAAACAUAAGGUAGUUAAUCAAAUAUGUAUGUGGACAUACAAAACCUCUUUAGCGAAGGUGACACAUUUGGCUAUACCUGAGUUGGUCCAACAUUAAUAUAGUUCUCUAAAAACAAUGGUUUUAAAAUUCAAUCCGAAAUAUAUGUGUGUAAAUGAAAGCUAUGUAAUAAAAUAACGUUUUUGUGAAAUCAGAAAUUAUUUAAACUGCAUGUAAUAUUAUGAAAGAAGUUAAAAUUAUGUUCUCUUGGUAUUUCCAUUUUUUAGGUAAUAAUUCGUUCUCGUUUAGUGUUCCGAUUUGGUGAACCUAUAUCGUUAUAUUUACUUUUAUAUAUCUAAAUUAUUAGUUAUCACUAAACGUUACGUAAUAUUUUUUAUGGAUCAUAAAUCAUAACUUUUACGUAUGUUUAAGGUUUACUGUAUGAAAAAUUGUUAAAUGUGUAGCUGUUCAAAAUCAACAAGAAUUGUCUUUUUCUUGUUCAAACGUGGCAUUUUUGUACUUCAAGUAUAAACAUAUGCUGUCAAAAUUUUAUGUUUGAGGUUUUCCGUUUUAUAUUCUUAUUCUUAAACUUAGAAUACAAAUAUAAAAUAAAAAAUCAAUGGAAAAUACAAUAAAACAACAGAACAAAAAAUAUUCCCAUUUAUACAUCAAGAGCUGUCCGUAAGACAGCACGCUUGACUUUUCUCAGUGCUUGACUCUGACUUAGAGCUUUGCCAAUAAAAAGGGGAAAACUUUUUCUUUUCUAAUUUCAAAUCAGAGUUAUGCGGAUUGUUUCUUCUGGUGUAGCCGUUGAUAGUAAAUAACUGUUUUAAGUUUCAAGUCAAUAGCUUUGAAAGUAACAGAGAUAUUGGACGUUACAUAAAACAUUAACAAAAAAUCAAGGUAAAAAGGGGCAUAACUCUGUUAAAAUUCAAAUAAGACAUAUGGCGAUUGUUACUCCUGGUGUAGACUUUGAUAGUGAAUAACUAUUUUAAGUUUCAAGUAAAAAGCUUUGAUAGUAACAGAGAUAUUUGACUUUUACCAAAACCUUUAACUAACGGUGACCGCGACACCGACGCCGGAGCGAGAGCAAUAACUCUACUUUUUGUUCGAAAAUUCGAGCUAAAAAUGUAACUGAACAUAAACAGAAAACAGACAUUUAUAUUACUGUGCAAAAACUGUAACAGUGCUACCGACGUCUCCAGUCUAGGAACAUUUGUCAAAAAUAUUGUAAUUCUGUUUUUUUAAAUUGUUCUCAAAUGUAUAAAUAUCUGAUUAUCUAUUUAUUUUAAAGACUUAUUUCUAUUCUAUUAGUAAUAAAAAAGAGAAACUAUUAUUAUAAUGAAAUAUUCUAUCACAUUAAAGUGAAAUAAUUUGGAAACAAAUGAAAUGCAUGACUUCUGGAGACAACAUUAAUAUGGUACAAAUCAUAUUUAUUGUAACUAAACACCAGUUAAUACCAAUGUAGUUCAAUGCAUAUCUCAGCUGCAGCGUCACAUCAUGUAUUGCAGUCAUUAAAGUACUCCCGUUUACCUAUAUAUACAAUGUUUACAGACUGACAGAUGGACAAAACAGACAGACAGGCCAACCAACAGACGGACAGAUAGAUAGUCAGACAGAAUGCAGACAAACUUUGAAAAUAAAAAGUGAAAGAGAGUUUCAUACGGACGUCAAAGGAGAUACGAUCAGACAGACGUGCAUUUAAACACAAAGAGGGGGAUAAAUAGACAGGCAUUACAGACAGGCAUUGUUACAGACAGAUAGACAGGCAGUUAAACUUACAGAUAUAAAGAUAGACAAUACGACUGACUGACUGGCUGAUCGACAGACAUUGAAACAUAUAGAUAGCCAAACAGACUUUUAAAUACAUUAAGAGGGACAGUUAGGCAAAAGACAAUCAGACAAUGAGGUCAGAUAGACAAACUCACACUUACAAACAUAAAUAACAAAAUGAUAAAUGCGUACAAUAAAUUGUAAUAUAUUGUUGACGAAAUUUGAACCACAACGUAGUGGCAACUGAUGCGUACCAUACUAGUUUAGCAUUAAGUCUGAAACCGGUUUUGGUUUCUGUUCGUGUUUUUCAACUUUAUGGUAUUACGUUCUUUAAUUUUUAUCUUUUUUGUACAGUUUUAUAUUGUGUUCAUUAUUGAUAUUUUUGUUGUUUAUCUUUUCUGAUUUGUUUUUGUUCAUUUAAUAUAUUUAUUGUAAGUUUGUUUUAUAUUUACUUCUCAGUUUAACAAUAAAAAUGUAAAAGAAAUAACAUAAGGAUACGACAGGCCUGCCAUAGCUGUUUGGUCUGAUAACCUCAUAUUCUCUUUUUUGUAUAGACAGUUUUCCCUAAAAAUGAGAAUUGACGCAAGCCAACAUCUGGACAGCAACGGGCAGUUUUGUUCUGUAAUGGAUAUCAAGGAUCUACUGGCCUUAUAAUUACUGAAGAAGUGAUAUUUCUAAGACAAAAAUCGAGAUCAAUAAGUGGAUAUCACUACUAUACUAAUUAUAGUAAUUCUAUACUCAUUUUAAUCACUAUUACAUUGGCCUAACAAGACAAUCAUAUGAUCUAUUAUUUUUUGGUAAAUGUAUAUAAACAUGUUGAAACAAAACAUUUUUCUACAGACUGUAAAUGAGCAAUAUCUAAUCAGUCAGAGCAGUGUUUAACUGACGUUAAAUAGGAGUAAUACUUGUGUUACUCUGUUAAAACUGCGGCUUCUUAUUUUAGUUUGACCAGUUUUAAACUUUUUGAAAGAAAAAAGCGACGUGUGAUGCAAACAAUCAGAAUGAUAGUGAAUUACUAUUCCUUCAUACUAACUCAAUACACUCUUGAUAUUGUGAUAUACAAAGUCUGAUGAAGUGUUUCCGGAAAAAAUCUUGUUCAGUCAUUCAGUAGCUAAUUUUUAUUUCAAUGACAAGCUUUUACUUAAUCUCUGGCAGAUCAUACCCUCCAUAUAAUAAAACUGUCCUUUAUAAGGUUUCGUCAUUGUAUGAUUUUGUUGUUAUUGUUCAAUAUUCUUCCGCUUUUGCUUAAAUUGAAUUUUGAAACACGAUGAUAGAUUAAUGAUUGAACACUUGUCUGUGUAUUUGAACAACGUUAAUAAAUAGAUUGCAUGCUAUCUACAGAACAUAUGUAUGUAUGUACAAAAGAUGUUCUUUGUGUUUGAACAUAUAUCAUUGCAGACAUGUUAGUAUAUUUUCAGUGUGAAUAUACUACACUGACUUUUCCUAAGAAAUCUUGUAUUGUAAAUAUAGUAAUAAAAGGCAGUAGGAUAUCAUACGAUUAGGUGUGGAAAAUAUUGAAACUAUCAAAACUGGACAUCGACAAA